CAAUUAAUGUUCCAGAAAUUCCUUCUAAACCUCCGAGUCGUUCAAAACCAAAUCCCGAAUAUAAUCAUCCAACAACUGAUUAUAUUCCUUCACAUGAUGAAAAUAAUCCAAGAAUCUCAGAUUCUAAUGAAAGGUCAAAGUCAAAUUAUAAUUUACAAGGCGAAUCACAAACAAAGCUGAAGACUUCGACAGAAGACAUAGCGACAUAUCUUAUUGACCAAAUGGGGAAUAAAGCAGUGGAUGUCUUUAAACAGGAAGUGGUAGAUUGGGCAAAAGAAAAAGGAUAUAGUGAUAAAGAAGCCGAAGAGUUAGGUGAAAAUGCAGAGAACUUAGCAAAAUGUAUGAAAAACUUUGCAUUAAGUUUAGGAAAAUGGGUAUUUAAUAUAUCAAGCGACACUUCUUGUAUUUCGUGUGAACAAAUAAAUAGCUUAUCUAGCGUCCACACGAAAUCAUCUCAAAUAAAUGUAACCGCAGCAAUAGCAACCUUAAAAUUAUUACAUUCGUUAAAAGUUACCAUAGACGAUACUGGCAAAUGCAAAUACAACUUAGCGUGUAUGAAUACAUACGCAAAUGAUAAUUCUUGUUUACAGAGUUUAAGUUCAGGAAACAAUUUUAGUGCUAAAAAAUUUGCUUGUAACAUUUUAUUUAUCUAG